UAUUAUGCCCCUCUAUUUUGAAGAUUACGGUAAUGAUAAUAUUGCGCCCUCUUGUGGAGUGUUGCGGUAAGUAAGCAGAGCUGUGGCCGCUCUGAGGACACCUGUGGCUGGGCUGGGACAGCAGACACAUUCCCCAACUCUAAUAAAGUAAUGUCUGGCUGGUUAAAGGAUGGAGAAGUGCUUGAGGGUGAGGGCAGUGGGCAGGCAUCUCCAUGUACUCCCAGGCUCAGGAGUCCUAUGGCAGGUAAAGGUGGAAGACCCUCCCCCAGCAGUGGGAUGAACAGAGACCAGCCCCCAAACUCCGCCCCACAAGACCGCAUGAGCAAAGCCAAGGAACUUUUUGAGCUGUGUGACAAAGAGGGCAAAGGUUUCAUCACCAAAAGAGACAUGCAGCGGUUACAGGGAGAGCUGCCUCUGACUCCGGAGCAGUUGGAGUCCGUGUUUGAGAGUUUGGACAGAGACAGAAAUGGCUUCCUCACGCCACUUGAGUUUCACACCGGCCUUGGGGAGCUGGUAGGAGUGGAGGACUCUGAGGUAAAAGAGAGGGGAGUGGAUCCAGCAGAGAUCAGAUUCACACAGAUUCUUAUGGAGCUUGGAGCAGACAAACUUUUUAAAGAUCAGUGGGAGCUGUGCUCUCUCUGGUGUGAUCUGCAGAGGGACAGGCCGGAGUUGUUGAGCAUGCUGGAGGAAAUUCUUUCUCAUGCUGUCGCUCAUCUUCAGGAUUCACUGAAAGAAAGAGACAGUUUGGAACAGGCACUGCGCAGGCGAGAAGAAGACCAUGACAGAAUGGUGCGCUCCCUUUAUGAAGACCUAGAAAGCCAGAUCAGAGAAGAGAGAGAGAAACAUCAGGCUCUGGGCAGUGUGAAGCAGGGAGACCGAAGAGAGCAGCUGCUGCAGGAGUUAAGAAUGCGAGAGCAGGAACUCGAGUUCACGAUAACUAAACAGAAGGAGCUGGAGAGUAGGAUCGAGGCUCUGAGUCGGGAGCAGAUGCUCACGAGGGGGCAGAACCAGAAGCUGCAGCACAGGAACUCUGAGAUGCGGGAUCAGCUGGAGCAGAGCAGGGAGGAGCUGCAGAGAGCCUGCAGUCAGCUACAGCUACUGCAGGACACGCUUAACCAACAGAACAAGGGCAAGCAGAGGGAAGUACUGAAAGUCUCCAGAAACAUGCAGAAGGAGCGAGAGAGCCUGACGAGGCAGCUGGACCUGCUAAGAGACAUGAACAAGCGUCUGCGGGAUGAGAAGGACGCCCACCAGGAUCAGAAGAGGACGCCUAAUAUGAAGAGACCUUUAGAGAAGAAAGGAUCAAUAAUUGGGGAUUAUAUCCUGACCAAGAAGCCUGUCGACAGUUUUAAGCAGUUCAGUUUUGCCAAUCAGCUGAAGAAAGGCUCCCCUGACGUGGUCCCUGAUGCAGAGUCAUCAAUACUAUCAGAGAACAACCAGAGAUCUGUCACACUGCCGGACAGUGAAAAGGCUGGCCCUCAGCGUGUGUUUAAGGUGGUGUUUUUAGGCAGUUCAGGAGUGGGCAAGAGCUCCUUCAUCCAUCACUAUUGCACGGGGCAUUUCCCCAACAAAAUGAGCGCUACUGUAGGUAUGGACUUCCAGGUAAGGAGUUUGAAGCUUGGCUCCACCCAUGUUGCUCUGCAACUCUGGGACACAGCAGGACAGGAGAGAUUCCACAGCAUCACCCAGCAAUACUACCGCAAAGCUGAUGGAAUCCUUGCCAUGUAUGAUGUUACUCAGGCAUGCUCAUUCACGGCAGUACGGGCUUGGUUGGACCAGAUUCAGAAAAACAUGUCUGAGGAAGCCUGUCUGAUGCUGUUAGGCAAUAAGACGGACAUUGAGGAAGGAGGAGGGAGACAGGUGACCAUCAGGCAAGGCCAGAAACUGGCUGAGGAGUACCAGUCAGAAUUCUUUGAAUGUAGUGCAAAGAGUGGUCAUAACAUCCAGAGGGCCAUGACACAGCUUGCUAGACUGAUGGCGGCACAGCAGGAUAGACAAUGCGAGACUUCUCUUCAGCUUCUCGACAACUCCAGCAACAGAGGGCAGUGUUGCAAAUAGUUAGAGAAGCAGCACCGUUUGAGGAAGUAAAAUGCAGUCAGCUGGUCAUGGAACUGAUGACAUAGGCCUACUGCAUGCCAGGAAGGGCUCAGAGCACUAAUGGAACACGAGGGAAUUCUCCCAGACUACAUGAAACAGCUCAGAGUGAGGUGUAUGCCAGUGUUAAACACAAAUGUCUAUAAUAUGCAGUAGAGAUCAAAUAUUAACUUGCUCUUUAUUAAUAAUUACAGACUGGGGUCCUUCUGUUUUUCUGAAUACUUUAUUAUCCUCCUUUCAUCCUGUUAUUUAAUGCUCAGGACCCCACAGGCCCAUCGCAGUGCAGGUAUUAUAUUGUAUUUGGGUGUUGGGCCAUUCUCAACACUGUAUUGACACUGACAGCUAUUGUGUUAGUGUGUGUUGUGCUGGCAUGAAUGGAUCAGACACAGCAGUGCUGCUGGAGUUUGUGAACACCUCAGUGUAACUGCUGGACUAGGAAUAUUCCACCAACCAGAAAUAUCCUAUGAUGACCAACAUGACCAACUGGGCAGCAAGAGAUGAGUUUCUUAUGAGUUUACAUAUACCUGUUGGACCAGCUAGGUAAAAUGGUCUAAUGAAGAGGACACAGUGUUAAAAAACUCCAGCAGCACCGCUGUGUCUGAUCCACUUAUACCAGAAACAACACACACUAACACACCACCAUCAUGUCAGUGACACUGCAGUGCAAAUAAAGAUCCACCACCCAAAUAAUAAUGACCACUGAACAACAGGGUGAAUGGAGGAUAAAAGUAUGCAGAGAAACUGAUGGACUAGAGUGAUUUUUGAUAUAGGCAUUGAACAAUGAGACUACUGAACAGAAUAGACCAGUCAGAUUUUUCUUUUUUAAAACAUGACACUAACACAUGACAAGAGUUAAAGAAUGGAAGGCAGGAAUCUGGCACAUUCCCAGGCAAAUGAACCACAACUACUGGCUGCAGAGAAAAUGUAAACUAAUGGACAGUGGUGGGAAAUAAUGCAGUAAUCUACUUUGUCACUGCCUGUACAUGCAAAGUUUGUUUACUGGACAAUUAUUGCAGUGUUUGAAGUAUUGAAUACUUGAUGUGUACAAAAUAAUAGAAGCUUUAUGUUAAAUAUUUAUUCACUUUGACCUUUAAAUUGGGUUAUUUGUAGGUUUACCUUUACUGGAGCUGAUCUGUUGCUUUAUAAUUUACCUGUCCAUCUGUGAAGCUAAACCACCUCAGGACCACUGUUGUAGGGUACUGACACCAACCUGAUAUGUCAGCAGUGUCAUGAAAGUUUGUUGUGUCAUUUUUUUAGUGAUGAAAAAAUAUCUUAAGUCUCUUUAACAGUCAGAAAAUGGUACAGCAAUCCCUUGUCUGCUACAGAAGUGAAAUGUGGAAAACAGUAAAAAGAAAUGCACUAAUAUGUAUGUUAUGUGCCUUUGCAAAAGCACCCUUUGCACCUUGUCAUAUACGUAUUUUUUUUUCAGUGAUAUUUAUAAUGUACAGUUUUUGUAUAGACGUAUGAGUGCUGGGUUUACAAUAUACAUUAU